AUGGGCUGGAGCUCGUGGAAUAACUUCGGUCCCGACAUCAACGAGACAGUCGUCCGAGACACCAUCGACGCGAUGGAGCGCCUAGGCCUCAAAGACGCCGGAUACAUCUACGUAAAUAUCGACGACGGAUGGCAGCGCUACAAGGGCUCGCGAGCCGAGCACCCGCUCGAAGUUGACCCGGUGAAAUUCCCAAACGGCAUGAAGCCCCUUGCGGACUACGCGCACUCGAAAGGAUUCAAGCUAGGCAUCUACAGCGGGCCGGGCGAUAGCACAUGUGCGGGAUACACGGGCUCAGAAGACCACGCAGCGGAAGACGCGAAGUUGUUCGCCUCUUGGGGAAUCGACCACUUGAAAUACGACAGCUGCUGCUCGCACUCGGACGCGCCGCAAGCUGAAGUCCAGCAAGUCAUGCUCGACAUGAGCACCGCGCUCAUUGCAACCAACCGCUCUAUCGUCUUCCACGCCUGCCACUGCGGCUGGGCCAACGUCUGGGAGUGGGCGGCCGAAGAAGGCGCGAACCAAUGGCGCAUUGGCCAGGACAUCUCGGACGACUUCAACUACCCCGGUAACCGCGAGAAGUACUACUUCGACGUGCUCGAUAUGCUGGACCGCGGGAACGCCAUCGCGCAGUACACAGGCCCCGGCCACUGGAACGACUACGAUAUGCUGAUUGUAGGCUUGGACGGCGAGAGCAAGCAGCUGGUUGGAACGGGCUUGUCCGACCUCGAAUACCGCACCCACUUCUCCAUCUGGUCCAUAAUGGCCUCCCCGCUCCUCAUCGGCGCGAACAUCACUCACCUCUCUUCCUACGACCUCGCCACGCUGACGAACAAGGAAGUCAUUGCGCUGAACCAAGACGGCCUCGGCCAGGCUGCAACCCUGCAGUACUCGUCGCCCGACAACUCGACGCAGGUCUAUGCCAAGAUGCUGAAGGACGAGAGCAUGGCGCUGAUGCUGUUGAAUCGGGGGACAACGACGGCAGAUGUCACGGUUAGUAUGCGGAGGGAUUUGACGGUGCCGUGGGAUGUGUAUCGCAUGCGGGAUUUGUGGAAGGGCAGGGAUUUGGGGCCAUACGAUAUUCCUUUUACGACGGAGGUGCAGGCGCAUGAGGCGAAGGUUUAUCGCGUUUGGAAGGUGGGUUGUACGGUGGGUUGUUAG